UCUGCAGCGUUACCCCACAGGACUUACACAGGAAGGGUGUGUGCGAAAGGGAAAACGUCAUUUAUAAACGGGGGAGGGAUCCGGCGUUUCAGGAAAUAGAAGAAAUUGUUCUGGACUGGUAGUACAAAUCGAAUGAUCAUGGCGCUGGGAUCGGCUUGGAAACACAUGUCGUGGCUUUAUUACCAGUAUCUUCUAAUCACAGCUCUCUACAUGCUGGAACCCUGGGAGAGGACAGUCUUCAAUUCCCUUCUUAUUUCGGUUGCUGGAAUGGCAGUGUAUACAGGGUAUGUGUUCAUGCCUCAACACAUCAUGGCAAUCCUGCACUACUUUGAAGUUGUGCAGUGAUAAAGAUGACCUCAGCGGGGAACAUGAAGCAGAGGUGGAUGGAUGUCCUGUGGAGAAAGCUCUUAUUUUUUAUUUUUUUGGACUUUCAUUCUGUGACAUCCCACUCUGCUGACAGCUGUAGACUAAUAAGUAAGAAGAAAAUGUAUUUAUUGAAAAUGUGUCCCAUUUAAUUCAUACAAGUUGUAACUGUAUAGUAAGUGUAUAUGGAGUCUAAUCUUUUUCACUUGUACCUGCUGAAUACCACUAUUUAUUUUUUAAAACUGAUGUCAGUGCACUUUUGUGGCAGUGGCAGCAUUGCGACUGCAAAACUUCAGUGAGAAUUGUAGUGAUUUGAAUCUGCCUUAAAAACAAACUUCUGUUUUUAAUUGCUUUAAAAAAGUGCUUUUGUAACAGUUGAUGAUCAGUUUAGCAAAUCUACUUUUAUUUAAAAAACAAAACAAAAAAAAAAUAAAUAGAGUAAAAGAACACAAAAGAACUGUUGAUGUCUACUUGUAAAUGUACAAAAAAUAGGUAUUGGGUGUUAUAGUUGUGCAUCACUAAAAAUAUCAUACUUAAACGUACAAACAAAACUGUUGUGCAUUUUUCUUUUCAUAGAAGAUUCCUGUAUUCACUUAGUCUACACUAUUGAGCAGGAGAAACUCACAGACCUUUUUCUUUUUCUCUCUCCUCUUUCUCUGGCCCUUUUGAUCAGAACUGAAGUGAAGUUUCAUGUUGACACUUGGUCAGUGUGCUUAGUAAAUGGUUUUGUUUUUUAGUAUGAAUGUUAUAAUAAAUCUGGGACAGUAGUAAACUUGUUUGCUUCGUACACCGAUGAAAAAUAAAUAUUGCAAAGGUGUUUAUAAAAA